AUGCUGGAAAUGAAGAGCCUCCAAGAAGAGCCCGUGGAAGGAUUCAAAAUAACGUUGGUGGAUGAAGCAGAUUUGUAUAACUGGGAAGUUGCUAUUUUUGGACCCCCCAACACACAUUAUGAAGGGGGCUAUUUCAAGGCUCGGAUCAAGUUCCCAAUAGAUUACCCAUACUCUCCACCUGCCUUUCGUUUCCUCACAAAGAUGUGGCACCCAAAUAUUUAUGAGAAUGGAGAUGUAUGUAUCUCUAUAUUACACCCUCCAGUAGAUGACCCACAGAGUGGAGAACUUCCGUCUGAAAGAUGGAAUCCAACUCAGAAUGUCAGAACCAUUUUGCUCAGUGUGAUCUCGCUUCUAAAUGAGCCUAACACUUUCUCACCGGCCAAUGUGGAUGCCUCUGUGAUGUAUCGCAAAUGGAGGGAUAGUAAAGGCAAAGAUCGUGAAUAUGUAGAGAUAAUCCGGAAACAAGUCUUGGCUACCAAGGCCGAAGCAGAGCGCGAUGGUGUUAAGGUACCUACCACGUUGGCAGAAUAUUGUGUUCGCACACGGGCUCCAGCUCCUGACGAAGGCUCUGACCUCUUUUAUGACUAUUACUAUGAUGAUGACGAUGUGGAUGCUGAAGGCGACUGCUGCUAUGAUGAUGAUGACUCGGGCAAUGAGGAGUCUUGA